AUGGUUUCGGAAAAUGAGGAAUGGUUCGGUUGGUCUGGCACGGAACCUCCCAUGGUUUGGGAAAGGGAGGAAAGUUCAGGAGCUCUAGCACGGAACCCUUGCUGGUUUCAUGAUAUGAGGAAUGGUUCGAGAGGUCCAGUAUCGGUGCCCUCGUUGUUCCGUAAAAUGAGAAGUGGUUCGGGAAGUGUAGCACGGAACCCUUCAUGGUUUCGGAGAGGGAUGAAUGGCUGCGGACGUCUGGAAGGUUCGGCAUCCGAAAUGCGAAACCUCAGUCAGCCUAGUGAUGUACGUAAAGGCUCGGUAUAUCUAAUACGAAACCCUACAUGGUUUCGUAAGUCUGUUUCGAAACCUUUAUGA